GAUAGAGCUGGUAUACUUCUAUCUAUAGAAAUUUUAAGUAAUAAUUUUAUUUCUAUAUAUAAAGAAACCGAAUUAAAAGUUUCUGUGUCUAAAGAAACUAAAUUGAAAACAGAAAUUAUAAAUCUUAUUAAACAUUUAUCAAUUGAUGAUCCUUUAAAUAUACAAGAAUAUAUUGAGAUUGAUAAUUAUAUGAACAUUAAAGAAGACUUAACUAUAAAUGAAAUUGUUGAUAUAGUAAACAGACAAGAUAAGAGUGAAACAGGAAAAAAUGAUUAA